CUUUGUUUGGGGGAGAACCGCUACACUUUCAUACGACACGGAAUUGUUGUUUAAGUACCGAGAAAAGAAUGACACAUUUGAUUUAAACUGCCAUCUCAAGAGUUUCCGAGUAACUUAGUGAGCUAUAGAGCGUUAGAGCUUAUCUCAACUUUUUAUCGUCAAUAUUUGUGUAUUUAUAGCGAAUCAGAAUCACGCGUUCCAACUGUUUAUUUAUUUUUUAUUUUUGUCACACGACAGUUCGCGCAGAUACAAGAUAUCGGCAUAUGGUCUCUUGUUGAUGGCACACAUGAAAUGUCAUUCCGUUGAUAGGAGAUUUUUCGGUCAGCUUCACAACAUUUAAAAAAAACCGUUAAUAUUUUAAUUUGAUGUAUUUCAUUGUACGACGUUGACUAAGAAUAAUGACCUUUUGAAUGGAAGCAUUCCUGGACGCUGGAUUGAAUAGUCGAAAUAACAAGAUAAAUGAUGGCGCAGCCACUUAUCAUCACGGUAUUUGGAGCAACCGGAUCGCAAGGUGGCGCUGUUGCACGUACCCUUGCACGUGAUCCCAACAUCCGGGUACGAGCGGUGACCAGUACACUUGACUCGAACAGGCCUCAACAAUUAGUUCAGAAUGAGGGAGUUGACAUUCGCCAGUGUAAUUUGGAUGAUGUUUACAGCAUCAAAAUGGCACUGGACGGCACCGACGCAUGUUUCCUUGUCACAUACACCGACUUUAAAGACCCAUCGUGCAAAGAAAAUGAAAUUCGUCAAGGUCGUCUUAUAGCAGACGCAUGCGCAAUGGCUGGUGUGAAACAUGUAGUUUUCAGUACACAGUUGCACGCGAAACGCAUGCUGGGAAUUGAAGUGCGUCACCUCGACGCCAAGGCGGAGAUCGAGGAUUACUUAUAUGAGAAGAAACUCCCCCUAACUUGUAUCAUGGUGCCGUGCUAUUAUGAAGAGUUCAUGGGCCUUUUCAGACCAGAUCAGGUUGACCAACACGAAUACAGAUUAUCAUUGCCCAUAGGCCAGGCCCCGCUAGACAUGAUCUGCAUCGACAACAUCGGGGACGUCGUGCGGAAGAUCUUCCUCUGCCGCGACAUGUACCUCAACAAGACGGUCAGCGUGUGCGGCGACAAGCUCACGAUCAGAGAGAUUGCCCAGAUCCUCACCACACACCUCAAACCCAAAACGUUUAAAGAGAAACAGAUUAGCGUGAACGACUACAAGAUGCUUGACUUCCCUGGUGUCCGCGACUGGGCCAACAUGUUCUACUUUUUCUGCCGAGUUGACCAGAGAUACAACGUGGCGUCCACCAGGCAGAUGAACCCUAACCUGCUCUCGUUCGAGGACUGGGUCCGGCAAAACGUGGACGUCCUCCACAAGGCGCUGUGACUGAGGUGGUGAUAGGGUGUUCCAGGUCGUCAAGACUUCACGGGCUUGUGUACAAUAAGUUCCGACACCCGUGGAUACAUAGCGGCGUCUUGCUAUGUAGUCUUACCAAGGACUCAUGCAAAGGAUUGGUUCCAAUGAGAGGAUGACGUGGGCGGGAUGUAUGAUGACGUAUGAAUGACGUGUCGUAGCCUUGUGGCUUCUAUUGUUGGUCAGAGCAUAUAUGGCCCUGCGUUAAUUAGAGGUCCGCGAAAAUUGGAUUCUAAUAAAGGAAAUACGGUAUAUACAGCCUCAUUUAUUCAUGGGCGGAACGAAGUAUGUACAAUCCCGUGAAGUGUUGACGAAGUGCAUGACGGAUAACCAAGGAUCGUCCAACUUUUAACAUGAAGAUCAUUGAAGUACCAAUUAUUUUGUGCAACUUAAGGAUUGUGUUAAGGAUUGCACGGUCAUCCGCUGAGAGGCAAGAUAUCAGUAAUAUGGGAGUCUCACUAUUGAAAGAGAUAGAAGCUUGGUAUAUCUUAUAAAUUGGAUGGAUAUAACUGAAGGUGUUUGUG